AAUACUCCAAUUAUUGAGUCUAGUACUCCUUACUCUUGUAUAUAUUUACAUCUUAUUUGUAACUUUAGAUUACAACUCUAAGCAAAAUAAAUGUCAACGAGUGAGAGUAACUCCGAGCUUCUCCAAGCUCAAACUCAAAUUUGGAACCAUAUUUUCUCCUUUAUGAGUUCUUCAGCGUUAAGAUGUGCAGUUCAAUUAGACAUUCCUGAUAUUCUUUACAAACAUGGUAAGCCUAUGCAUCUUUCUGAUCUCUCUACUGAACUUUCCCUCAUAAUAGACCCUUCUAAGAUCUCCUUCUUGCCAAAUUUAAUGCGAUUUUUAGUUCAUUCUGGUAUAAUAGAACAACAUGAUCAUGAUUACUAUUCUCUUACCCCUUCUAGUCGUUUUCUUGUGAAAGAUGAGCCCUUUAAUUUGAGAUCACUCGUGCUUCUCACCCAUGAUCCAUCCGUUCAAAAAGCAUGGUUUGAGUUAGGUAAUUGGUACAAAAAUGAUAUUCCCACCUCAUUUCAUACUGCUAAUGGAAAAUAUUUCUGGGAUUACUUUUCGAAAGAACCAAAAUUAGGUGAUAUUUUCAAUGAUGUAAUGGCUAGUGAGUCGGGAUUGAUUGUCAAUAUGCUUAUCACGGAGUGUAGGCACGUUUUUGAGGGGUUGACAUCAUUGGUAGACGUUGGAGGUGGCACUGGCACGAUGGCGAUCGCCAUAGCCAAAGCUUUUCCUUCCAUAAAUUGCAUUGUAUUUGAUCUUCCACAUGUUAUAGAGGACCUCAAGAGCAAUGGAAACAUGGAGUUUGUUGGAGGUGACAUGUUUCAAAAGAUUCCUAAUGCUAAUGCAAUCUUACUCAAGUGGAUUUUACAUAACUGGAAUGACGAAGAUUGUGUGAAGAUACUGAAAAAAUGCAAAGAGUCAAUUCCGAGUAGGGAUGAAGGGGGGAAAUUGAUCAUUAUUGACAUUGUGUUGGAAGAUCCAAAGAACAUGAGUGACUAUGUUCGAGCACAACAUAAUAUGGAUAUGAUGAUGAUGGUUUGUUUUGCUGCUAAAGAGAGAACUAAGAAGGAAUGGGAAAAACUCUUCAAUGAAGCUGGUUUCAAUGAAUGCAAAAUAACAUCCAUUCCGGGUUCAAGAUCUCUGAUUGAAGUAUAUCCUUGAACAAGUGUUGUUUCGCCAUGAUCGAUGAUGCUUGUGCUAUUUGACUUGGGUUCGAACUUAAUCAUAUGUGUCUUCGUAUUUUGCAUUGGGUUUGAGUAUGUACGUGUGAACAACUUUAUAUUUUCAUUCAUGUUGAUGAUGCAAUUAUGUACAACAAUUGAUCACUUAUUAUUGGAUAUGUUGAUAUUAUCUCGUUUGGUAGGCUGCAUUAUAAGAAAUAGUCUAUGUAUUAUGUAUAAGAUUAUUUAGUACUAUGUUUGUUAGGAAUUACAU